AUGAGCCGAAGUGUUUCCCCAGUCCUGAUGUCUGUCAUCUGUCCUGAAUCUGUAUAUCUGUCAAUAUCUAUCUUCGGUCCUGAUAUGGUCCUCUAUCCUCGUCUGUCCAGGAUACCACUGAAAUGCCCUCCUAACCAGCUUGUUGAACUGCAGGUGCAGCUGCGAUAUGACGAAGAGAAGUCCCUCUCUUCACCUGGUAAAAAGGUCCAGCUGAACAUUGCCCUUCUGAAAUGUGACAGGAUGCUGAACCAUCACUGCCGAGGGAAUUCUGAGCUUCACGAGGAGCUGCAGAUCCAGGCUGCAGUGGCGGCGGGGGAUGUCUACACUGUCAGGAGGAUGCUGGAGCAGGGCUAUUCUCCUAAGAUCCGGGAUGCCAACGGCUGGACCCUGCUCCACUUCUCUGCUGCCAAAGGAAAAGAAAGAUGUGUUCGAGUCUUUCUGGAGCAUGGAGGCUUCACCGCCCUCCACUACGCCGCCAUGCACGGCCGGGCGCGCAUCGCCCGCCUCAUGCUGGAGUCGGAGUUCCGCGGGGACAUCAUCAACGCCAAAAGCAACGACGGCUGGACGCCGCUGCACGUGGCCGCCCACUACGGCCGCGACUCCUUCGUGCGCCUCCUGCUGGAGUUCCGGGCCGACGUGGACCCGCUGAGCGACAAGGGCACCACGCCGCUCCAGCUGGCCAUCAUCCGCGAGCGCUCCAGCUGCGUGCGCAUCCUGCUGGACCACAGCGCCAACAUCGACAUCCAGAACGGCUUCCUGCUGCGCUACGCCGUCAUCAAGGGCAACCACUCCUACUGCCGCAUGUUCCUGCAGCGGGGGGCGGACACCAACCUGGGCCGGCUGGAGGACGGGCAGACGCCGCUGCACCUGUCGGCCCUCCGGGACGACGUGCUGUGCGCCCAGAUGCUGUACGCGUACGGGGCCGACACCAACACCAAGAACUACGAGGGCCAGACCCCGGUGGCCGUGUCGGUCAGCAUGUCCGGGAUCAGCCGGCCCUGCCUGGAUUUCCUGCAGGAGGUCACCAGACAGCCUCGGACUCUACAGGACUUGUGUCGGAUAAAAAUCCGGCACUGUAUUGGCCUUCAGAGCUUGAAGUUCUUGGAGGAUCUUCCGAUUGCCAAGGUUAUGAAAGACUACUUGAAACAUAAGUUUGACGGCUUGUGAAGCGCCCACAAAAGGAACUGUGCGUGAGACUAUGCAAUAAUCAUGCUGUGAGCGGCAAGCGGGCCCCUACAGGUCUGCUCUGUGGAAGGAGGGCUGCACCAGGACGUCCAGCCGCCUCUCUGUCCAACACGUUCUCAACUGAGCCUUUUUCAAAUUUUCAGAGUUGCUUUAGGACGGACACCUAAGUUGUUAAGAAAAGCUUUUUAAGGAAACAUAUUUUUUCUUUUCUUGAGACUUCUGAUACAAGCCAUGUUUAUCCAUUCAUAAGCUGUCUCAGUAAACAGUGAAGGGGACGCCGGUUGUCUUUGAGGAUUUUCAGCUUCCAUGACUGACUCUGGGUGAGGUUCAGACCUGGACUCUUUCUGUUUUUACCGUCAGUUCAGUAAUGAUGUGGAUUUUCUGACAGACCUGGAGCUGCAACUCUAGUCUUCUGCAGAUAAGUUAAGUCCCUUUUUCCAAGAAUAAAGCUUAGUACUGAUUCCACAAACCAGUUUAAGUUGCUCCUGACCAAAGAGCACACCCUGAGUAAAGCCUGUCAACCCGCAAAGCCUUUAACCAUCAGCAGGGUCCAAGAGGCGGAGAUUAAACGUAGAGGGGGACUUAAUCUGCUGUAUCAGGCGAGCAUCACGAUACCAAUAUCCGUGUGUUCAUUUGGGCUUUUUCCAGCAUUACAAACAAACAGUGAAGGCAGGGGACAUGCCAGCACUUUGCACUGGCCCCGUGAGAGUCCAGAGCUGAGGCUCAUCCAUCCCCAGUCACUCACAGGACAGCCUGCCACCCGGAUCUGGAAACUAAAGAGAAGCAGCCUGAAAUUCCAGUCAAUGCACACGAAAGGUUUUUUUUUAAAUGAUAUAUAUAUAUUGGACUUAGCAGCUCAGCGAGAGCAAAACAUGAAAAAAUACGGAAUUCUCUAAAUACUACAAGUAACGGAAUGUGUUACUUGUUUGUUCCUUGUUGAUGUAAAUUCCACCCAGAGUAAACCAGUCCGUGGAAAAACGGUUCAGAAGCAUGACCAGCUAUAAAACAGGGACGGGUUUCGCUCAUUAAAAGGAGAAAACAUUCUUGUGGACUCUGCUAAACACAUUCCUCAACUUUUCUACCGACUUAGUGAGUCUUUGAAAGCCUCUUGUUGUCAAACGCGCACGUUUUACCUCUUAGAUACGUUGCCGGCCUUUACAAGUCAAAAGAAAAUGUGGACGUUUUGUUUAAGAGAGCGUCAGUUCAGUGUGCCAAGUGAGAUAGGACCACAUUGCGAAGGGAUGGAAAACGUCCAUGUGAUGUUAAAAUAAUCUUCCUUUAGGCGAUAGUUACUAAAUAGCCAAAGCUAUCCGACCCUCCCGUGCGUUUCAGUUUGAUUUAUCUAGCACCAAAUGUCCCCCUGGAGUCAUUGUUUGGCUGGAGGUCUUUAAAAAAGGUUUACUAAAACCUGAAGUUGGGUUGAAUCAUUUAGCGUUAUGACACUACACUUUAAGAAAACCUAAUUAUUGCGAUGUCCAAUCAAAACCUUCCCAUUCGAGCCACAUAUAGAAAGUUUACUCGGCCUGACACGUUUUUCCAAAAGGAAAGCUACAGCUUUCCAGAUGGUCCGAUCUGCUCCCCGAAUCUCCUAAAUAUCAGGUAAAGACUGUAAAAACUGAAGAGCGUCCAUGAUAACAAACAUCCAUCUAAAUUCCCAAUGAAACUGCUGUCAUUUUAGUUUUUGGUCGGAAUCAGGACAAAGUCACACCUACUCACCCAAGUGUUUUUAUUUUUUUGUUAUUCAAAUAUUUCUGAAGACUGUAUUGAAAUAAACAGUCGGUUUGUUUGGAGACUAAUGUAAAGAAAUGAGAGCUGGUUGGUGUUUGUAGAAUAAAAGCCUUUUAUUCUGGGCCCUGGACCUGCUCGGUUGGCCUAAUCCCCUCCCCCCC